AAAAACAUAUUAAAAGAGUGGAACAUAAUAAAAGACCACACAAAAAUACCGAAAACAAAAUUCCUCAAACUUCUUGAAUUUUGUCUAAGAGACAACAAUUAUUUUCAAUUCGAUGAAAAAUUCUAUUCCCAAACAUACGGAAUGCCGAUGGGAAAUCCGCUUUCUCCAACAGUAGCGGACAUCAUUCUUGACAAUCUUCUCGAUGACACCAUUGAACAUCUCAAUAAAAUAGGCAUAAAAAUAAAAUUCAUUGCAAAAUAUGUUGAUGACAUUUUUGCAAUCAUCAAAUUAAAGGACAUAGACACAAUUCUCAACCAGCUUAAUUCAUAUCAUAACAAGAUACAAUUCACAAUAGAAAACGAACACAACAAUAGCCUUCCAUAUCUUGACUUAUUAAUACAUCGAGAAAAUAACCAAAUAAUAUACAACUGGUAUGCAAAAGAAACUGCAUCAGGGCGAAUGAUUAAUUUUCACUCAAAUCAACCAACAAAACAAAAAAUAAAUACAGCGCAAAAUUUUAUCAACAAAGUCUUAGAUCUGAGUGACAAGAGAUUUGAAACAGACAAUAUAAGAAAAAUAAAAACAAUUCUAAAACUAAAUGACUACCCAAACUACAUUAUCAAUAACCUCUUUAAAUCAAGAACAGAAAAAUUAAAAACAAACCUAAACAAUAACAACAACAAUAAUACAAUAACAAAAUCCAACAACAAUACAAAAAAGUUUUUCUCGGUACCAUAUGUGCCCAAGCUCACUGACAACAGAAGCUUACAUCAAAUUAUACAAAAAGAAAAUAUAUCAUUUGCACACAAAUCAAAUUUCACGCUCAAACCAAUAUUUACAAACACAAAAUCAAAAAUACAAAAACAACAACAACAUAAUGUAGUUUAUGAAAUUAAAUGUAAUGGAAAAAAGAAUGAAAACUGUGAUUUAGUAUACAUAGGACAAACUAAGAGAAAUUUAGCAACGAGAUUAGCGGAACACGAAGCUGAUAUAAGAAAACAUAAAGAGACAACAGGGCUUUCACAGCACAUAACAACAAGCGGACACACGGUGGACUUCAAAAAUGUAACAAUACUGGAUAGAGAGCGCAAACUAAACACAAGAUUAACUCUGGAGAGUCUUAGAAUCCAACAACAAAUAAAGAGAACAAUGAACACAAAAGAAGACACCGAUAGCAUUAAACAAAGCUAUGCUGUAGCAAUUUAAUUAAAGUACCUGAUACCCAGCUGUGAUAUAAGUGUCAUAUUUGAAUUUUGCCGUCUCCGGGAUUUUUGCAAUAGGAGCAGAAGGGAAGCAAAUUAUACAUUAUGUUUUAGAAUAGUUAAAUAAGAAAGAAAAAAAAAAUAUUUGAAUGUAUUAAAUUAUUAAAUUGAACUUAUACAAAAUUAUACCAUCUAAUAGAUUGAAUAAAUACCCCUGAUGAAGUAAGGAAGCACUUACGAAACGUUGGGAAAAUAAUGGGAUAAAUUUGUUUUUAUUCGCAUUUUCUUUAUGUGGACCAAAACAGCCUAACAACAGUG